AUGACGCUCCCCAAGACUUACAAGCAAGCCGCCUUCCACUCGAAAGGCGCGGCCCUGACCGUCGAGGAUGCCGAACUGCGACUGCCCGGCCCCGGCGAGGUGCUCGUCAAGGUGGAGGCGUGCGGUGUCUGCUACUCCGACGUGUUUCCCCAGCAGAACAUCAUGGGCGGUGGAUUCCCUGUCGUCCCGGGCCACGAAAUAAUCGGCCGUGUGGCUGCUGUUGGAAACGGCGUGGCGGCGUGGAAGGUCGGUGACCGCGUGGGGGCCGGAUGGCACGGCGGGCAUGACGGAACCUGCUUUGCGUGCAAGAAGGGCAUGCACCAGAUGUGCGACAACCAAGUCAUCAACGGCGCGACCAAGGCCGGUGGAUACGCCGAGUACGUCAUCCUGCGCUCCGAGGCCACGGUGCGCGUCCCGGCACAUGUCGAUGCCGCCAAGUACGCCCCGGCCCUCUGCGCCGGGUUGACCGUGUUCAACUCGCUGCGGCACAUGGACGUGAAGCCGGGCGAGACGGUUGCCGUCCAGGGCCUCGGCGGGCUGGGCCACCUGGCCAUCCAGGCGGCGCAGCGCAUGGGGUACCGCGUGGUCGCCAUCAGCCGCGGCGCCGACAAGGAGGCCUUUGCGCGCCAGCUCGGCGCCCACGACUACAUCGACUCGAGCAAGGAGGACGCCGGCGAGGCGCUGCGGAGGCUGGGCGGUGCGAGGCUGGCCAUGACGACGGCGCCGACGGCCGAGGUCAUGGGAACCCUUCUGAAGGGCCUGGGGCCCUUGGGCAAGCUCUUGAUUCUCUCGGUUCCUGGUGACGUGCCAGUCGACACGGCAGUCAUGUUGAAAUAUGCUGUCUCGGUGCAAUGCUGGCCCUGUGGCCACGCGACUGAUGCCGAGGAUACCAUUCAGUUCAUGGACCUGCAAAAGGUGGACUGCAUGGUGCAGACCUUCCCGCUCGCGAAAGCAAACGAGGCCUUCAACAAGAUGAUGGACGGGAGCGUCCGUUUCAGGGCUGUUAUCGUGAUGGAAUAG